AUGAAGUACGGACAUGAAUAUGCGCAACUACUGGCCAGUGAAGGGUUCCCGGAGGAGUGGAUUUCUUCGGCCAUCUCAUAUCGACUGCUCAAGAAGGCUAUCAAGAAGGUUCAGCAAGAAUUAAGCGCCCUCGGUCUGGAUGCUUCGACACUCCAGCAUGUACACAGCGAAUUUGGCGUGGAGGCACCAGGAGAUAGAAAUGGCGCACAUUUUGUCCCGGAACUAUGGGUCGCUGUUGAUGGCGAGAGUGGAGAAUUCCUGGAUGCACACUUGACCAAGGAGACAAAGCAGUACUUUCUCUGGCUGGCCGAAAACAAUGAGAACACUCAGUCGACUCAAACUGAUGCUGGAAGGCGUGCCAGCCAGAUCUCACAUGAAACCGAUGGGUCUUCAAUAUCGGAGCACGAGCAGUCUAACGCUAUGAUCAGAGCCUCUUCUGCUGAGAAUGGUGCUCACUGGGCCCAUGUCCAUCUCCACACAGCCGCAAACUUCUUCAACCUUCUUGAUCCGAAAUUGGCACAACUAGAUGCCAUUCAGCACGCAGAAGAAAGGCGUCUCGAAUCGCAUAUCGUAGAACUCGGUACAGCAGUCACUACGCUCACCGAGCCGGCCGCAUCAAAGAAGGGUAAAUAUAAGGCUAGAUCGGAUGUAACAAUUUGGCGCCAAAUCCUUGCUCUAUAUGUUCAGCAUGCCAUCUUCUUCUCGCCAUACGAAAGAGAUCGUGGCUCACGCACUUUUGACCAAGCAAAAUCACAUCUCGAACUCUUCUCCAAAGAUCUGGUUGACCAAGGGCUUGUCAAAAGGUUUAGGGAAAAGACGAGCAGGAACACUUUUGAUCACUUCGUGGCGGUCAACCUGGACAUCUUGAGAGCUAUGCGCUUCCAAGAGCUCAACAUGGAAGCAGUGCGAAAGAUCCUUAAGAAAUUCGACAAGCGGACCGCUCUGGGAGCAACAAAAGCUUAUCAAAGUUAUGCAAACAGCGGGCCCUUCGCAAAGUCUGUCGCAACUGACAUGUGUGCGGCUAUGUCUCAGCAAGUGGUCACGAUCGUACCACAAUUGGAUGACUACAGCUGCCCGGUUUGUUACAACAUUGCCUGGAGACCUAUUCGACUCGAGUGCUGCAAUACAGUCUUUUGCAUUCGCUGCAUGAUCGAGCUACAAAAGUCGGCAUCAAAAUGUCCAAUGUGCAGAUCGACGUCUGUCAUUACUGCUGACUCUGGAUCUAUUGAUCAGCAAAGAGCUGAAUAUCUGGUCAAAUACUUCCCGACUGAAGUCAAGGAGAAGCAGAAAGCGAAUGAGCUUGCUGUCGCUAUCGACAAGUAUGGCCCAGACUUCCAGAAAGGCCCUUGCUGCGUAAUGUGA